UGGCAGCAAGGGCUGCAGUGGAGUCAACGGAGCGGGAUGUGCGAGAGUUACUCCAGGUCGUUGUUGAGGGUCUCGGUGGCGCAGAUCUGCCAGGCGCUGGGCUGGGACUCGGUGCAACUCAGCGCCUGCCACCUCCUCACGGACGUGCUGCAACGCUAUCUGCAGCAGUUGGGACGGGGCUGCCAUCGGUACUCUGAGCUCUAUGGCCGAACAGACCCAAUUUUGGAUGAUGUUGGUGAAGCUUUCCAGCUGAUGGGAGUUAACCUUCAUGAACUAGAAGACUAUAUUCACAAUAUUGAACCUGUCACGUUCCCACAUCAAAUUCCUUCAUUUCCUGUUAGCAAGAAUAAUGUACUUCAGUUUCCUCAACCUGGAAGUAAAGAUGCAGAAGAAAGGAAGGAGUACAUUCCCGACUACCUGCCACCCAUCGUGUCUUCUCAGGAAGAGGAAGAAGAGGAACAGGUGCCCACUGAUGGGGGCACGUCAGCCGAAGCCAUGCAAGUUCCCUUGGAAGAAGAUGAUGAAAUGGAGGAGGAGGAAAUUAUUAAUGAUGAGAACUUCCUGGGUAAAAGACCACUGGAGAGUCCUGAAGCUGAGGAGAUGCCUGCCACGAAGCGACCACGACUCUUAAGCACUAAAGGGGACGCCCUGGAUGUAGUAUUACUGGAAGCUCGAGAACCACUCAGCUCAAUAAAUACACAAAAGAUUCCACCAAUGCUUUCUCCGGUCCAUGUACAGGACAAUACAGACCUAGCACCCCCAUCCCCAGAGCCCCCAAUGUUAGCUCCAGUUUCAAAAUCACAGUUGCCAACGGCAAAACCAUUAGAAUCCAAGCCAUUCACACCGAAAACAAAGACUAAAACUAGUUCUCCAGGACAGAAGACCAAAUCACCUAAAGCUACUCCGUCACCAGCCAUGGUUGGAAGUCCUAUUCGGUCACCUAAAACUACAUCCAAAGAAAAGAAAUCACCUGGACGUUCUAAGAGCCCUAAAAGCCCCAAAAGUCCUAAGGCUAUGACUCUUGUUUCCCAAGCACCUGUCAGGCCUGACACACCAAAUAGGACUCCUUCAGCUACAAUCAGUGAAAAAAUUAAUAAAGACACUAUCCCGGUGAAACAAACUCACACCCCCCCUGAUGCUGGGAAACUGAACAGUGACAAUCAGCUGAAAAAGGCUGUUGUAGCAGAUAAAACAAUCGAUGACUCAAUCGACGCUGUGAUUGCACGAGCUUGUGCCGAACGAGAGCCAGAUCCUUUUGAAUUUUCUUCUGGGUCGGAAUCCGAAGGAGACAUUUUCACCAGCCCUAAGAGAAUUUCAGGCUCAGAGUGUACUACUCCCAAAGCUUCCACUUCCUCAAACAACUUCACGAAGUCAGGAUCCACUCCUCUGCCCCUUUCAGGCGGCACGUCAAGUUCUGAUAACUCAUGGACAAUGGAUGCCUCAAUUGACGAGGUCGUCCGUAAAGCAAAGCUGGGGACACCUCCGAGUGUGCCUCCCAACUAUCCCUAUUUCUCGUCUCCUUCCAUUUCUCCUCCUACCCCCGAGCCUCUUCACAAGGUCUAUGAGGAGAAAACCAAGCUGCCUUCCUCGAUAGAAGUGAAGAAGAAGUUGAAAAAAGAACUGAGAACAAAAAUGAAAAAGAAAGAAAAGCAGAGAGACAAGGAGCGGGAAAAAGACAGGAUGAAGGAAAGAAGCAAAGAGAAGGAGAAGGUUAGGGACAAAGAGAAGGAAAAGGAAAUCGGCAAGGAAGCAAAGUAUCCGUGGAAGGAAUUUCUUAAAGAUGAAGAUUCGGAUCCCUAUAAAUUUAAAAUCAAAGAGUUUGAAGAUGUGGAUCCCAAAGUCAGAUUGAAAGAUGGAAUAGCGAGGAAGGAGAAGGAGAAGCACAAAGACAAGAAGAAAGACCGAGAGAAGGGCAAGAGAGAGAGAGAGAAGCGAGAAAAAGAAAAGGCCAAGGACCGAAGUCGAGACGAGAGAGUAAAAGUGCCACCCACGCCUUUAGUGUUGACGCAGAAAGAACUGCCGGUGCCCUUAUUUUCUCCCAGCGGCGCCGUGAGGAUCCCCUCCAUGCUGCCUUCCUUGUCGCCUGUGCUCCCGGAAAAGCUGUUUGAAGAGAAAGAGAAGCCCAAGGAGAAAGACAGGAAAAAAGACAAAAAGGAGAAGAAGAAGAAGAAGGAGAAGGAGAAGGACAAGGAAAAGAAGGAGAGGGACAGGGAGAGAGAGAAGAGGGAGAGAGAGAAGAGGGAGAAGGACAAGGAGAGGCAGAGGCAGGAGAAAAUAAAAGUGGAAGCCGUUGUUCCAGCCUCAAGUCCAGUGAUCCCCAGAUUGACUCUCAGAGUUGGUGCUGGUCAAGACAAGAUCGUUAUCAGCAAAGUGGUUUCAACCCCAGAGGCUAAGACAGCUGCUGCUUCUUUGGGUAGACCGAAGACCCCACCCCCUGCACCAGCCACUGCCCCUGUACCACUGCAGGUGACCCCUCCUCUGGUGCCUUUGUCUCUCCACGCACAGCCUGCUGCAUCACCAGCUUUCAUUCCAUCUCCCUCCCCUGCCUUCUCCGGAGCAGGAAGUUCCAAAGCUCCUGUGCGAAGUGUGGUCACUGAGACGGUCAGCACUUACGUGAUCAGAGACGAGUGGGGCAAUCAGAUUUGGAUCUGCCCUGGAUGUAAUAAGCCUGAUGAUGGAAGCCCCAUGAUUGGCUGUGAUGACUGUGAUGACUGGUACCACUGGCCCUGUGUUGGCAUAAUGGCCGCUCCCCCAGAAGAAAUGCAGUGGUUCUGCCCCAAAUGUGCCAACAAGAAGAAAGACAAAAAGCACAAAAAGAGGAAGCACCGGGCACACUGAUGGCUUCAUGGGGCCUGACCCUCAGAGUGUCAGGCCAGGGCUGCUUUCCCCUUGCCGCUGCAGCCGCCGAAGGAGUUGGGACAAUUCGCCAUCGUUCCCGACCACCAGGUUCUGAUGGAUAAUGAAUCUUGGGAGAUUGAGAACAAGAACAUACUCCCACCCUGGCUGUGUCCCUCCUGCAGCAGACUGGCUCGGGUGGGCUGAAUAGUAGUGUGACUGAAGACAAACUCAAGUAGAGGUGUGGCUUACGGAGUGCCACGUCUCCGUUUUCUAUUACCAGAGACAAGUAUUAUUAAUAAAUGGGGAAAACUCACACAUCCUCCCCCUUGAUUUCCUCCAUCCUCCCCAGGGCCUUUUCAUGAAGGUAUCAGAGGAGAAGCUAAUGUGUCAGCGGCCUGGACUGUCAGUUAAGGAUGGCACCAUUCGUCUGUAUACCGUUUCCAUCCCUAUCCCAUCCCUCUGUACUAAGAUAAUCAUCAUAACAGAGAAGAAAACUCCAGUUGGAGUAUCAGUAAAUAUUUUUGUGAUGAAAACAUAUGAAGCUUUCCCUCCCUCAUUUUUAGUACUCACCUGCAAAAUGUUCAGGCUUUUGUGGGAAUACCUUAUAUUUUUUAAGAAAAGGGUUUCUAUCAUGUCCUGUUUGGUUUUGUGCAAAUUAUUGGUGUUUACUAUAACAUCUUUUAUAACUUCGUUGCAUCCUAAUUUUGUCCUUCUUUAAACUGCUGGAGUUUCUUCUCACUGCUUGUACAUUUCAUCAACUUGUGUAAAAACUCUUCCGACUAGAAGAUUUCCCCUAAUGUAAAUAAUAAAUAUUUAUGAAGCAGCUAUUUUAAAAAAUUUUUAUCGUGUUUAAUUCUGGCUUUCUCUGAAAUCCACGGUGAUUUCAGCCGAGUCUGUACUCACUGCCGUACAUAAAGUAAAGCAGGCUAGAAAAGAGCCGCACUUCAAAGUGGUUUGCCUUGAGUUGAACCUGCGCAGUGUCCAAAAAAUAUUCUGGGGAAAAGGAGCCGAGCAGUUGGAAGGAAAACAGGCAAUUUAAAUCUGUAGGUUAUGAUUUCAAAUUGCUUUCUUUGUUAUCUUAUUUUGUUUCUGUAAAUUUCUUUGACUUUUAUUAAAAGGACAUGUAGAUUCUAAGAAAGUGAAAAAAAAAUAGUAGCAUUUUGUGUUUAUAUUGCUUUACUUCUGAAAAUCUGUUCAUUGAUAUUGUGGUUUAAGGCUAAAAUGAAGUAUAUUAUGAAUUUUUUAAGAAAACGUUUCAAAUUUCAGGGUAUCACAAAAUUUUAUUAUAUUACUAUACUGCCCACUAUUUAUUAUAUGUUAUAGAUGUCUGAGAGGUAAACCAAAUAUUUUAUUUUUAAUGUAAAGCAUCAAAUUUAAUUUUAUUAGCAUAUUUUAGCAAUGUCGGAAUACAUAUGAAAUGCUUGCUUGACUUUGAGAGAAGCCCAGUUUGGACUAGUGUGAUGGAUAUCUUGAAUGCUAGACUACGGGCUCUGACCCUAUUACAGAUAUGUUCAUAGAAACUGUGAUUUUUUUUAAAAAGAUGCCAAGCAGAUUUAUAUUAGUGUGUGAAUUAGUCAUAUUUUAAAACUGAUUGUGUGGUUAGAGAAAUGAGGUUGUCUGCCAUGAAUGCGAAUCAGUGGAAUUGGAGGAGCCCUCUGAAGAGUGCAGUGUUGGCAUUGCUCUCCCUGCCUCGGAGGUCCAAAUGUUACUGUCCCUGCAAAAGAAACAAGGCCAGCAUAUGCGUUAAGAUACGUGCGUUUUCUUUUAUGAACUUGAGAUGGCUCUAAAUACUUUCUACAGUAUUUUCACAUGCACAAAUUUACCCAUUAGCCCUUUUUUUGGAGAGGGAUGGGGGUGGGGGGAUUGAAAAAUAAAGAUUAUUGGCUAUUUCAUA